AUGAAGUUUACAAACAGCAUUGAAAAAUGUUAUUUUAGAUAUUUAAUUGCAACCAGGCUUCACAGAGGCGAAGAGAAUAGCAGUAAAUCAGAAAAGAUUUUAAAAAGAAAAACUUUCAAGUAUAAAAACAGUUUAAUUGUAAAAGUCAUGGAUAAAAAUGAAUCAUACAUGUAA